AUGGCGUCGCACCUCGUAGUCCAUCCUGUCUUCCCGCUUUUCCCGAUCUGCUUGCCGACCUCCGCCCAUCGCCAUGCGCCGCCCGUGAUCAUACCCUGGCCUUGGCUCAGGGAAAUCCUGCCCGACGUUGGUGAUGUCACGCCUUGCGCCGCCCCGCGUGGGGGACUCUCCGACAUCAGCGAGAUCACACUCUCCGCCGCCCCGCGUCAUGGGAUACUCUUCCUUGUCAGCUGCGGCGCGCCUUCCGCCGCCCCGUGCCGUGGGGGAUCCUUCGUCGUCAGUCGCGCCGCGCUUUUCGCCGCCCCGCGCAGUGGGGGAUUCUUCACUGCCAGCCGCCUCACGCCUCCCGCCGCCCCGCGCAGUGGGGAAUUCUUCCUCGUCAGUCGCGCCAUGUGCGCCUUCCGCCGCCCCGCGCAUGACAGCCCGUGUGUAUGUGUGAUUGUGAGGCAGGACUACUCAGGGGAUUCGAGCUACUCCUUUGCCAGCAGCAGCGAUUUCUAUACAUGGCUCAACAACAGCAUCAUUCAGGUCAUAUGGUCGGACCCCCAAUGUGGUGACGGCACAUGCACUCCCCCAACCGAAUUCCCCGCGGUGGGUCGAUUCGGCUGCGCCCAGGACUGCGGUAACGCGCGUAACGUUACAACGGUGACGGUGGCACUGCGAUGCCACUUUGCCUCGAGGGAAGCCAUGCUGAGCAGCUCCUGGAACCUCUGCUCUACCGCCAUCCGAGACGACCCCCAGACCUUCACGGAGAUGACAGGCUGGCACACGGUUACAGUGCGCCUGCCAGACAACGACUGGUUCGUCUCCCUCACUGCCCCCAGCGGUGGCAUCGGUGUCACCGUGUUCCAGGACCCCCAGACCUUCACGGAGAUGACGGGCUGGCACACGGUUACAGUGCGCCUGCCAGACAAUGACUGGUUCGUCUCCCUCACAGCCCCCAGCGGGGGCGUCGGUGUCUACGUGUACGAGUCCCUGGGGAGGAAGACAGAUGGUGGAGCGGCUGAAGGUACUGGGAGUCAUGCAGCCUCGCAGAGCCAUGCAGAGGCAGACUCGCCCUCCGGUCUCAACCUUAACGUCUCAGCUGCUGGUGGCUCGGUUCUCUCAGCAGCACCACCGCCGCCAACCCCUGUUUCCACCACACCUGCCUCUGCUUCCUUCCAAUUCCAACCACCCUCCUCCUCCUCCCCGUCUGCUUCGCGUGCCCCUCCGCGGUCUACGAAGGAGUAUCUGCGGCCUUCCAAUGGAACGGGGGCGAAUGUGCUGCUGGCGAGUGUUGAUGGGUGUGUGGAGGACGGCGAGAGCGGUCUGCAACUGUGCAGACAGCACUCUGCUCCCUGCUCUCUGCGCACUCUGCUCCCUCUUCUCCUCACUCCUCUCUCCCCUUUCCCUCGCUUCUCCCAUGCCCUUUUGAGACCGCUAGGCAGUUGCUUCCAGGCGUGCAACGCCAUGCUGCUAGGCACCUCCUUCGACCCCCCUGACAACAUCUCCUGCUCCCAGGCGUUCACUCUGUUUGAGGCGUCUCUGCAAACACCCCCAUGCACUGCACCCGAUGUCCUCCCCACACCCCUCUUGGUCUACCGGGUCUCACUUGAGUCCCUGGACUGGCAUGGCGUCAGUGCAGCUGCACCACCAGCAGCUGAGGCAGAAGCUAAGGGAGGAGGGGGUCGUAGCAGCAAUGAUUACAGCAGCAGCACGGCGCAGUCCUCUCCAGCCAAGAGCCUCUCCCUGGCCUCGCGCAAUCGCCUCGUCGCCUUCGUCUGCACGCUCUUUGCUGGCCCUGUGGCCUCCCACCCCCGCUGCAACUUCACGGACGCUUCCUCCGGGCGGCAGCUGAAGGAGCAGGCAGAGCUGGUGGAUUACAUUCGAGCGACACACCGCAGUCCCUCCCGCCGCUUCUCUGCCGCCCAGCAGGCCCUUUUCGUCCGCAUCCUUGUUAUGGCACUGCAGUCAGUCGUGCAGAAAAUGCCGAGCGAUGCCGUCCAAGCUGCCUCCCACCUGCUGCACAUCUUCAACGAUGCAGUGGUCUCCCCAGACGCCUCGCCGUGCCCCCAAGCGGACUACAUCGUGUUGUGGGACUCAGCAUCCUUCACCCGCCGCCUCAUAUCAGACGGGCAGCGCAUCACGUGGGUGUGGAACGACGACGACUACCACUCGCUCUCAGCAAGUCACGUGGGAGGGUGUGGAACAACGACAAAUACCGCGAGCUUUCAGGUCUUCUCUUCUCUCUCCCUCUCCUUCCUUCCCCUCACCGCAGCAGGCUCGGCGGGCUUAUUGGAGCCAUUCCUGGGCUCUCAACUCAACUGCUCUACUGGCCUCACACCCUUCCCUGCAGGCUCACCCGACGACACAUCGCCGCCCCAGUUUGCAUACACCAAGGUGUUUGGCACGGCGCGGGAAAUGGCAGUGAAAGACUCGCCUCAGUCUCUCGCAUUCACUCUCAUCCGCGCUCGGAAUGAUUCAGCAACCCAACCGCGCACCUCCGUUGCCCCCUACGCGCUCCUCCUCGCCUCCCUCUGUGCACCGGCCUGCCGCCUCGCCAUGCUGGCCAACGGCCGCUGCGACCAGCCCUGCAACGUGGCCCUCUGUGACUUUGACGGGGGUGACUGCGCUUGCAGCGGCGCUGGGACUGGGGGAACGUCAGGUGUUGGGAGCAGCGUGAGCAGUGGCAGUGCUGGUGGGGGCACUGCUGCUGCUGCUGCUGCUGCUGUUGGUGAUGUUGGGGCAAGUGGAGGAAGCAGCAGUAGCAGCAGUGGCAGCACUGGUGGUGGUGCGAGUGGGGGUGUGGGUGCGGGAGGAGCAGCCGGUGUGCAGUGGUGUGCGUGCCCAGUGCUGCAGAUACGAGGCGAUGAUGGAGCGUGCUGUGAGGCAGCAGGAGCAGGCACGGGAAUCAAGGUCCCUUUCAGCCUGCACAGGUUCGGCCCCGCCGUGCAUCGAGCCACUGCGCUGCCCCGUGUGGUGUCCCAGUACAAUAGGUGUGGGUUGUGGGUGUGGGUUGUGGGUGUGGGUUGUGGGUGUGGGUUGUGGGUGUGGCGUCGUAGGGUACUGAUGGGGCUCAUCAUUGUGCAAUACCGCUGGGACUCUGAUGACUGUGGCAAGAGCAGGUUUCACUUCCAGAAUGUGUGUGUGAGAGGCGAGUCAUCCGAGGCGUUCGGGGUGAACCCGGUGUUCCUCCCGUCCUCCUCGCUAUACAACGCCAAUGCUGCUGCCAACAGGACCGCCUACACCAACGAAUCAUUCGCCAAUCCCUUUGAGCUCAACGCUAAGGGGUUACCCUACGGCUUUCAGCAGCUGCCCGGCAGCAACAGCUUCCCUUUGGUGUUUGAUGUGAAUCUGGACAAUGGCGGGGCGACGCGGCGGCUGCAGUAUCUGGUAGAUGGGUUCUUCCUUGACAACUACACACGGAGCAUUGACGUUGUUCUCAUCACCCGUAAUGCCAAUGAGCAGCUCUUCACGGCCACUAAAGCCACCCUCUCCCUGCAGCCGGGCGGCAGCAUGGACGCUACCUUCCUUAUCCAGCCAGUCAACGUGGAGUACUACGACCUGAAUGUGACGAUCAACGUGAUACGGCUCGUCCUGGAGCUGCUGUUCGUGGCCGGCGUGGUUUGGAAUGUAGUGGAGGAGGUGAAGGAGAUGAUGUGGAUGUGGAAGGUGCAGCGAAGGUCCUUCUGGCAUUACUGGCGGCAGGGUUGGAACUGGGUGGACUGGCUCUCCAUUUCCGUCCAGAUUCUCUGCAUCUGCAUGUGGAUAUCAAUGGCAGUGUUAGCUGGGCAGACCUUUACCAUGCAGGCACGCUACAACAUCUACUACACUCUCGACGAGUACCCACGCUACUGGGCCCUUCCCAACCCGCCCUCGGGGUACCUGGCUGCAGUCGCUGCUGCCGACAAACUGGGCAGCAUCAUCAACACGAGCUCAGCUUACUUUGCCCUGCAGGGCAUGAAUGUCUUUAUCAUGGUGUUGCGAGUUCUCAAGCUCAUGGACUUCCAGCCACACAUGGGCAUCAUAACGCGCUCCAUCCGUGUGGCUCUGCCUUCCAUCCUCCACUUCUUCCUGCUCGCCCUCGCUGUCUUCCUCGCCUAUGCCACCUACGCCUACCUUGUGUUCGGCAUGACCUUGGCACAGGUGCGUGUGUGGGUCAGCUUCUGUUAG